CUGGACCCGAACCGGAAGCGCGCUCCUAGUUGCCCAGGCAACACUUCCCUCCCUCUUCGUAUCCGUUCCCCUCACGCCCCCCACCCCUACACCGAGAGCUGGGGCCCACCGCCUGAGAUCUGCAAGCUGCGUACCCACGAGCGCCCACUUGGAUUUUGCAACCAGAGAUAGCAGCAAUGACAUCAAAAUGGAGAACUACUGCAUCUUGGUAUUCCCACCCAGUAUAUGCAAGAUACUGGCGACAUUAUCAUCAUGCAAUGGCUUGGAUGCAAAGCCACCAGAGAGCCUACAAAAAGUCCAGGGAUUCAUAUUUCACUUCCCCAUGGUUCUCCCCUUAUGGAGUUCUUCCCUGGAGCUCUCUUGAUUAUGAGGCUGGGCAUCCUUGGAACUAUCAAGGCCAGCACAUGGCCUGGCAGGAGUCUCCCUACAAUGUUUCACAUCUCAAAAGCUCUGGGCAGCCUCUGUAUAGCAACAGUAGAACCCAGACAUCCGCAAGAGAAUAUGAAGCCCCGCAGGAAGAGGAAGAGAUAGAGUCAGAUUCAGAUAACGAAGUAGAGUGUGACCUGAGCAAUAUGGAAAUCACCGAGGAGCUCCGCCAGUACUUUGCAGAGACUGAGAGGCACAGAGAAGAGCGACGGCGACAGCAGCAACUAGAUGCAGAGCGCCUGGAUGACUAUGUGAAUGCUGACCAUGGCCUGUACUACAACCACCACCGGUCCGUGGAGCCCCCCUCUGAGAAGCCUGGGGAACGGCGUCAAGCCGAGAUGAAGCGCCUGUAUGGGGACAGUGCUCCCAAGAUCCUGGCCAUGGAGGCUGCUGUGCAACUGAGCUUUGACAAGUACUGUGACAAAAAGCAGCCGAAAUACUGGCCUGUCAUUCCCCUGAAGUUCUGACGCCGGCACACAGGAACCCUAGGGAAUGCCUCCUGAACAUGGUCUGGCCUUUCCCUCUUUCUUUUGGGUGUGUUCUCUUCCUCCUGGAUAUUUUUCAGAGAAAGAGGCCUGUGUACCAAUACAAUCUGUCAGCCACUUUUUAUUCUCCAUCAACAGGAGGUACCCUAUUGCCAACACAAGGAAUGUCCCCUUGACAUAAAGUGAUAACCGUGUAUAUUGUUUUGGCUCUUAA